GAGUGGAGUCGAAGAAGGAAAUCCUUCCCGAUCGGAUGAUCAAUCGAACGUGAAGAGUUUGACCAAAGUACCAUGUAUGAUAAUUUCAGAAGAUUUUAAUGCAACUUCAACAGGGAAGAGUAGGAGUGGAAGUAAUAGUAAAGGAUAAUUAAAGAGUAACUCAAGAAAGGAAGACAUCAUCAUGAAGCAGCACAUAUGUGGACUUCGCCUCAGAGAAAAGUCUCCUAUCACUAGGGCUACUAGUUUCAAGGACCUGAAAUUCAUCGAUGUUUGGCAGCACAUGUUUGAAAUCCAUGUAGAAACACCAAGAACAAUGAUGUACAUGCACAGUUUAGCAGCCGUGGGUGCUGAAAGAAGAAGACAUGCUGCUCUUAGCUACUGGUGGAUCAUUCAUCCAUUCAGUUACUGGAGGUUUGUCUGGGACGUAGUAAUGACAGUGAUAUUUAUGAUCGCUUUCCUGACGAUACCAUUCUCGGUUUGCUUCGUUAUAAUGGCUCACGAUAAAGUUCGACUGGACAAGUUCAAUUUUUUCAUCUACUCGUUCUGUUGGAUAGAUAUUGUUCUCAAUUGUAUCACAGGAUACAAUGACCAUGUUAACAUGCGAGUGGAAUUGGAACCCUUGAAGAUCCUCAAGCAAUAUGUGCAGGGUAACUUUGUACCAGAUGUUCUCUCUUCGUUGCCAUGGGAUCACAUAACGAUGCCAUGGCGUACUAUCCCAGGACAUCAUUCUUCUCACUGGGUUAUUGCAGUGAAUCUUCUACCUUUAUUAAAAAUAUCGCGUUAUGGCUACGUUAAUCAACAGAUAUUUGAACUAUUUAGUUACUUCGAAGUUAUGCAUUUUUAUAACGAAACAUUCAGCACGUUGAUGUUGGGAUUUUAUAUGAUGUUCUGGUCUUCCUGUUUGUGUUAUCUUAUACCAGUGUUAGAACUGCAUAUUAUUAUGUCUGCUGCUGAGUCUCACAUCCCCAAAUUCUCACCUCCCCAAAUACCUAUGUCCUCAAAUUCCUAUCCCCCAAAUUUCUUUCAGGAGUGCGAAGAAUGUUGGAUGAUAGGAUUAGACAGCGACACGAUACCCUUCAGAUUUCAAUAUGCCUUGUUCAUCGUCGUCGAGAAACUGGCAGCCAGUGGUUACGGAAAAUACGUUCCUAAAGCAGACGGACAUAUGAUACUGAGUUCUGUUCUCAUGAUACUCGGACGAGUCCUUGAAUGUUAUAUCAUAGUGAUGUUAAUCCACAUAAAAGCCAGCAGAAGGGCAUCCAAAUCAAAGUUCCAAGAAAUAAUGAAUCAAGUAAUCGCUUACACCAUUCAAAAACAGUUACCAGCUCACAUGAAAAAUCGUCUUCAAGCUUACUACUAUUAUCGAUUCAGAAACAGCUAUUUCCGAGAGAAACUCAUAUUACAAAAUUUAUCUGAACAACUACGUCAAGAAAUCGCGUUGCAAUCGUGUCAUCGUUUGGUCGAGAAUGUGGCUAUUUUUCAAACUCUGCCGAAAAAUGUUCUAAGAUCUAUCGUGAGGAACUUGAAAUUCGAACUGUAUUUACCGAGCGACGUGAUUGUAAAAGCUGGGGUGCAAGGAGAUUGCAUGUUCUUUCUGUCUGCUGGAACUGUGGCUAUUUUAACACCGACUGGGAAAGAGAUCUGUCAUUUGGAGGACGGAGCACAUUUCGGCGAGGUGGCUCUCCUCGUCCCCGACCAAAGAAGAGUAGCAAGCGUAAUAGCGAUCGAAGUGUGCGAGGUAUACCGUCUCGAACGUAGAGAUUUCCGAAAAUGCAUCGCCGUGCACACAGAAUUGUUCGCGCAAAUAGAAAGAAUCGCCACAGACAGAAUCGAGAAGGCUGUCACCAUCGAAGAACAGCACAAACGAUACCUCAUGCGACACUCCAUAGAGAGCCAAAGAAGUGGAGUUAUUUAA